UGGGACCUGCAUCCACCCGAAUGUCAACGCUUUCUUAUCAAGGAAAUGGGCAGACCUAUCAGCCAGAAAUUCCUUAGCCUGACCGAGGUUAGGAAAAUGGUCGCCCCCGUGCUGCCAUGACAGAGGGAAGGAAAGAGGGCUACUCAGCGCUUCGCCUCAUUUGAAAACCAAAUCCAGACUCGGAACCUAUUUAGUGCGGCGGGGGCGGAGCGACAAUUGUCGCGCGCGGGCCAACUGCAGCUGCGCGUAGUCGCAUUUCCGCCCCGCCCCUGAGAUCCUGCAGUACAAUCUGUCAUGGCGGCCGGGCUGUUAGGUUUGUGCUCUCGCCGCCUUUUGGCAGUAGCGGCGACGCGAGGGCUCCCGGCCGCCCGUGUUCGCUGGGAAUCCGGCUCGUCCAGGGCCGUGAUCGCCCCGUCCGCUGUGGCAGGAAAGCGGAUGCCGGAACCGACCGUACGCUGGCAGGAGGACCCAGAUCCGGAGGACGAAAACCUCUAUGAGAAGAACCCAGACUCCCACGGUUAUGACAAGGACCCUGUUGUGGACCUCUGGAACAUGCGGGUCGUCUUUUUCUUUGGCUUCUCCGUUGUCUUGGUCCUUGGCAGCACCUUUAUAGCUUAUCUGCCUGAUUACAGAAUGCAGGAGUGGGCCCGCCGAGAAGCUGAGAGGCUUGUUAAAUACCGAGAGGCCAAUGGCCUCCCCAUCAUGGAAUCCAACUGCUUUGACCCUAGCAAGAUCCAGCUGCUGGAGGAUGAGGAGUGACCCGUUGCUGAGCGGAGCCCAAGAAACAUCACCUUCUCCACCGCCUGCCUGUCAUUCUGCCCUUUCUUUAGAGCACCUAAUUAAAGGGACUAAAAGUC